UGACUAUCGAUAGGCAUUCAGCCAGCUGCUUGAACGUUUUGGCUUGUUGAUAAAAAAUAAAGUGGAAAAUGUCUCAGCAAAAUGCGAAAUUAAUCAAUCAAAAGGAAUAUUUGAAGAAAUAUUUGUCGGGUGACAAGGAAAAGAAGAAGAAAAAGAAGGAAAAGAAACAAAAAAAGUUAGCACAUGCUAAAGUCAAAAUCAUCGACGAUGAUGACUAUGAUGCAAAUCAGGAGGAAAUUGACGAGGACUUGUUGUUGGGCGGCGAAGAUGCACCACAAAUCGUGGGUGAAUACAUCGAGGAGAAUCCCGACGCCAUGCGCAGCAAAUGGCGCAACAUUGCCGUUAAGGAUGAGCCGAAAACAGAAGCCGAGGAAAACGGCAUCAAGCAAGAGCCGGCUAGUGAGAAGGAGGAGGCGUCUUUAUGGGGUCGAAAAGCGUCAACUGUGAAGAUCAAACAGGAGCCGGAGCUGCCUAUAAAAAUCAAAUUGGAGAAGCGCAGCAACAGUCGAGAGUUGAGCCCGACGAGGCGCAGCCCGCUCAGAGAGCAUCUUUAUUCGGAUCAGAGCCCAACCCGAAGAAGACGAAGUGAUGAAGAAAAGCCGAACAAGCGAGAGCGUAAUGUGGAUCAAUCGCCACCCAGAAGAAGAAAAAAUGAUGAUCAAAGCCCUCCCAGGAGGAGAAGAGAUGAUCAAAGUCCACCUAGGAGGAUAAAAGGAGAUGACGAUGAUCAAAGCCCACCCAGAAACAGACGAGAUGAUAAUCAAAGCCCACCUAGGAGAAAAAAACGAGAUAAUCAUGACAAAAGUCCACCCAGUAGGAGACGAGAUGAUGAUCAUAGCCCGCCUAGGAGGAAAAAACGAGAUGAUGAUGAUCAAAGCCCGCCCAGGAGACGUUUCAAUGCAGACCAGUCUCCACCUCGAAGAAGAAAGGACGCUGAUAAAAGCCCGCCCAGGCGAGUGCGUAAUACGGAUCAAAGUCCGCCCAGAAGAAGAAGGGAUUCGGAUCAAAGCCCGCCCAGAAGAAGAAAGGACUCAGAUCAAAGCCCGCCCAGAAAAAGAAGGAGUUCGGAUCAAAGCCCUCCAAUAAAAAGAAGGGAUUCGGAUCAAAGCCCACCCAGAAGACGCCAAGCAGACUUGAAACAACACAAAAAUCGACGAGAUUCCGAUCAAUCUCCGCCCAGACAGAAAAGAAAUUCUGAUCAAAGUCCACCUAGACGACGUCGAUCCGGCAGCCGAGAUCGAAGUCGAGCGUCGCCAGGGCGAAUCAAAAAGGAGGAACGCAAAAGCCGCUGGGCCAAGGAGGAGCCCGCUCGAACUCCAUCACCGCCGCCAACGCACAAGCCGAAAGGCCAAACACAGAUGCGAACGCUGGAUGGCAAAAAGGCGGGUUUGCAGGAUGCUCAAUCCUUGAAAAUCGAAACGGAUGAGCGACGGCGCGAGGAGCGACGCAUGUUCGAGCAGAUGUCCAGUGAGGUGUCUGGACGGGAUGCGGAGGUGCAGAUGCGCAGCACGGGUCGGCGUGGACGACGCGCGCGCGACGCUGCCGCUGAGGAUCCAGUGGAACGCCAGCGCAAGGAGGAACACGAGGAGAAGAAGAAGCAGCUCUACGAUCGCUGGGGCAAAGGACUCAAGCAGCUGGAGGACCAGAAGGUAAGGCAUGCGGAAAUGGUGCACGAGGCGUCAAAGCCUGUGGCCCGCUAUGCCAAUGAUGAAGACUUGGAGCGUCAUCUGCGCGAGCAGGAACAUGCAGACGAUCCCAUGCUAGAGUACAUGCGGCAGAAGCGCAAGAAACAGGAACAGCAUUCCGAUAAACCUGUCCUGCCCGUGUACGAGGGCAGUUAUCCGGAGAAUCGCUAUGGCAUACGGCCCGGCUAUCGCUGGGAUGGUGUGGAUCGAUCGAAUGGGUAUGAGCAGCGCUGGUUCGACAAACAGAAUGAGCGACGAGCGGUGCAGGACGAAGCCUACAAGUACAGCGUCGAGGACAUGUAAAGCAUUCUUGCAUUUAAUUAUUGAAAUAAAUAUUUGUGUACAAAAUU